UUUUUAGUUUCUCGUAAUAAUUUCGCUGACUUUAGUGUGUUAGCCCAUGAUGAUGCAUGAAGAGCUGUAUGAUUACUUGAACAGACGGCGGUCGGUGGGUUCGCUCCGCUGGUUCCUGGAGGAACCGGACCCUCCGGCCCCUCUGCCUCUCACCCUGUUGCAGGAGUACCUGCAGAAGCUCCUGGAGAUGAAGAUGCACAUCAGUGAUCAGUUUGAUAACCUGGAAAAGCACACGCAGUGGGGAAUCGACUUUGUGGAAAAAUACACCAAAUUUGUGAAGGAAAGGACUGAGAUCGAGCUUAACUAUGCAAGACAGAUCAGGAAUCUGUCCAAGAAAUACCAGCCUAAGAAGAAAGAGGAAGACGAGAAUAAGUACACAUGGUGUCGCGCGUUUCAUUCGACGCUAAACGAGCUGAACGAUUACGCCGGACAGCAUGAGGUCAUCGGAGAGAACAUGACGUCACAGAUCAUCGCCGAACUCACGCGAUACGCACAGGAAAUCAAAACAGAGAGGAAAGCGCAUUUCCAUGAUGGACGGAAGGCACAGCAACAGAUCGAAGCCAAUUGGAAACAGCUGGAAUUGUGUAAGAGGAAGUUUGAGCGGGACUGUAAGGAAGCAGAUCGAGCCCAGCAGUACUUUGAGAAGUUGGACGCAGACAUCAACGUGACGAAAGCAGACGUGGAGAAGGCACGGCAGCAGGCUCAGAUGAGACACCAGAUGGCUUCUGACAGCAAGAAUGAAUAUUCCUCAUACCUGCAGAAGUUCAACCAGGAACAGAACGAACAUUAUUACACCAUCAUCCCUAAUAUUUUCCAGAAGAUCCAGGCGAUGGAGGAGAAGAGGAUCGAGCGAAUGGGUGAGUCGCUGAAGACGUUUGCGGAGGUCGACCGACAGAUUCUGCCCAUCAUCGGGAAAUGCCUGGAUGGAAUAACACAAGCGGCCGAGUCCAUCGAACCCAAGAAUGACUCCUCUCAGGUCAUAGAGUCGUAUAAGUCUGGGUUCGAGCCUCCUGGCGAUGUGGAGUUUGAAGACUAUGGUCAGGCGAUGAAGAGGACGGUGUCUGAGACCAGCCUCACUAACUCACGCUCGGACAGCAAAGCGGACCGUUCCAGCAAGGGCAAGAGCAAAACUCUCUGGCCUUUCAUUAAGAAAAACAAGCUCUCUCUAAAGCUGCUCUCACUCAAUGCCCACGUGCGGAACCUUAUUGAGGGUUCAAAUCCUGAGGACUUCAGUCAUCUUCCUCCAGAGCAGAGAAGGAAGAAGCUUCAGGCGAAGAUUGACGACAUCAAUAAAGACAUACAGAAAGAGAUGGACCAGAGAGAUGCUUUGACUAAAAUGAAGGAAGUGUACAUAAAGAACCCACAGAUGGGGGAUCCCAACAGCGUGGACCCUCGGUUAGCAGAGAUCGCCCACAACAUUGAGAAACUGCAGGCGGAGGCUCAGAAAUUCGAGGGCUGGUUAGCGGAGGUCGAAGGAAGGAUGCCAGUAAAGAGUGACCCUCCACGGAGGACAAGUGCCCUGUACGAGACCCAAAACAGCACACCACCCACCACUAACAACAACUGUGCACAGGAUAGAGAGAGUCCGGAUGGCAGUUAUACAGAGGAACCGAGUUCUGAGGUCCAGAGUAAAGUCCAACCUGAAACGGCGGAGUCUGGAGAUGAAUUUGAUGAUGCAGAUGAAGAAAUACUACCCACCAUCGGCACCUGCAAAGCCCUCUACCCGUUUGAAGGUGUUAAUGAAGGCACCAUCUCAGUAACGGAGGGUGAGCUCUUGUAUGUAAUAGAGGAAGACAAAGGUGACGGAUGGACGCGUGUUAGAAGAAACGAGGAAGAGGAGGAAGAGGACGAUGAUGACGAUGCUCUUAGUGCAGAAUUGUCCAUGAAAACUCCUGCGUUUGUAAGACAGAAAAGAGUUUUCGCAAGUCGUACUGCGCAGACUACGCCAACUGUCCUUAAAGAAGUGAACGCUGGUCCUGCCCCUCAGGUUGCCAAACGAGCCCCCAGACAGAAGCGUCAGACGGGGGUCAAUGUUCUUCCCAAGAGUUACGUCAUGAGCGUGUUCAAGCACUUCGCCAAGACCAAGGUGGCCAGUGACGUCUACCCUGCCAUUAAUGAAAUUCUUAAGAAGUACUUUGAACGGCUAGCAGACGAUCUGGAAGCAUAUGCUACUCAUGCCAAACGUAAAACUAUUGAGGUUGAAGAUUUUGAGCUCCUCAUGAGAAGGCAGGGCUUUGUGACAGACACCACGCCUGUGAAUAUACUGAUAGAGAAAUAUCUUCCAAUGGAGUAUCGGAAACUUCUCAUCCCGGUGGCCACCAGCGGAAACAAAGUCAUCCCAAAUCAAAGAAGGUGAACAUGCAGAUGUGACGUCCUCCUUAAACACUGCAGGUGGCUCCGCAUAUCUGCAUGUGUUCUUGUAAAUAUGUUCAAAACAAUAAAUGCCUUGAUUUGUAAAUAAGGCUUUGUGUAAUAUAUAUCUGCUAUUUGUUUUAUGCAGCACAAUUAAAAAAUAUGCUUUCAGUUCUUUGUAUUUUUUAGCCAUUUAUGUAUUUUUUUCCAA